AUGGAACGGAAGGAGAUAACGGACCUAUCGGUGGAAUCGCAGUUCGAGAUAUGCGCGAUCGAGUGUAUUGGUUUAGAGUUGAUUAUCGUGUGUGUUUACAGACCGCCGAGUGGUGAUGUUUCGAUGUACCUGAGUAUGUUAAAUAAUUUACUUAAUUUAAAUUUAAUUAAAAAUUCUAAUGUAAUUAUUAUCGGUGACAUUAAUAUUGAUCUUCUAACUAAAUGCAAUUAUUCUAAAGAUUUGUUGAACACAUUAAAACAAUCUGGAUUUAGACAACUUAUUAAUCAACCAACCAGAAUAACAAAUAUUAGUAAGACCUGUAUCGACCAUGCCUACUCAAAUAUAAUAAAAUCAGAUGUGAAGAAUGUAUCUUGUUGUGACUUAAACCUAUCUGAUCACCUGUGUAUAAAUGUUAUUGUUGACAUCCAUAACAAAUACCUACAGCAAAAUUCGCAUGUUCUUAAAAGAACUUUCUCAGAACAACGAAAACAGGAGUUUUGUCAGUGCCUAGAUACAUAUCAGUGGGACGAAAUACUCAAAAAAACAUCAUGUCCUAGUAAAGCUAUGGAACUUGUUAUGAAUGUCGUCAAAAAUAAAUUUGAAACAUACUUCCCUCUAAAAAAACAGUUACUGAAAAAAACUGGACACAAAUGGGUCAACGAUUCUUUAAGGAAAUUACGUGUAAAAAUAUCACAAUUGAAAAAUUACAUAACGACUCAUUCCGACAGCGUCGAGUCUCGCACGCACCUACAACAGCUGGAAAAUGAAUACUGGAUAAAAUUACGGCAAGUACGUAGUAAUUUCAUAAACGGUUGCAUAUCUAACUGCAAGGAUGACAUGGGCAGGAGCAUGUGGCGUGUCAUAUCAACGGAGACAUGUAAAAAUAAUAAAGGUAAUAGUGCUAUCGAUGUGUUCGUUAGCCGGUCAGCUGGCGACUGCGUAGGCACGCGCGCCGCCGCCGCCGCUGCGCUGCUAAACCGGUAUUACAUCGAAACCAACGUUAACAAUGCCGUACCGUGCACUAGCACGGCACUUACGUACCUCACGCAAUACCUACCUGCUACGUGCCCGCCUUUUAAAUUCGAGCCGUUUGGGCUGGAUGAGAUGAUAUUCGCAUGCAAAAAAAUCAAACGAAAGGAAUCAAAGGAUAUAAAUGAUAUGUCGACUCGCCUUAUUGACUAUUUGCCUCCGACUGUCAUCUCACUGCUACUAACGUUGUUUAAUGAGUGUGUGUGUCAGGGAACCUAUCCAAGCGUUCUAAAGAAGAUAAAGGUCCAACCCAUCUAUAAAGGCAAAGGCGAAAUGCAUCUGCCUAAGCAUUACCGGCCUAUAUCGCUCAUACCGGCUGCUUCCAUGAUAUCAUAGCGUCGUUCCUGAGUGACCGCAAACAGAGCACCUACGUUCUCGGUUCCAAAUCUGACCUCGAUCCAAUAGGAAGCUGUGCGGUCCCUCAAGGCUCCAUAAUGGGAAACAACCUUUUUCUCCUCCUGGUGAAUGAUAUUUCAACAGCUUGUGAUAUCCCGGAAUACGUAAUGUUUGCCGACGACACUUGUCUUAUAGUAAACGCAGAAGAUGUAGACUCUCUAAAACUAAAGUUAUGUCAAGUGAUGCACCAAAUGGCUUCGUGGUUCUCAUCCAACGGUAUGCUGCUCAACGUAAAUAAAACAAAUAUUGUACACUUUAAGUUGCGAAAAAAAUACCUACCACUUAAUAUAGUAGCAGAUAACGUUCCUGUACCCCAAACGGACUCCUCCAAAUACUUGGGAUUCGUGAUCGACUCCGGGCUGACGUGGACACCGCACAUUGACCACGCGUGUGACAGGCUGUCAUCGGCGUGCUAUGCUCUCUCAAGAUUGGCACCAACCUUAACGAGUGAGAACGUCAGAAAAGCCUAUUUUGGCUAUUUCCACUCCAUUUUAAUACAAGGUGUUGAUCUUUGGGCGACAUCUGCUAGCCGAGACAAGAUGUUCAAAAUGCAAAAAAGGGCUUUACGUAUUAUUGACCGAAAACCAGCUGAUCACCCAGCGCAGGAGUUAUUUAAAAAGCACCGUAUUUUGACUCUGCCCUGUGUUUACAUAUUAACGGCAUGCAAAUUCGUCCGUUCGAACCUAAAAAAUUAUAAAACCUACGGCGAAAUAAACCAUCGACCGU